GAGGAGCACAGAGAACCUGGGGGCGGGGCUGGAGGGAGGACCGAGCUGAGGUAACAUUUUUGGUUUUCUUGGGUCAGGCCUCUCUGCUGGACACAGGGCUUGCACCAGGCACAGACAGCAGUGACCCUUCCCCUCGGCCCAGCUCUACAGGCUGAUGUAUGAGCCUGGCAGGGCCCCAAGCUAGUGCGAAGCAGAGGUGCAUCAUGCAGUUCUAGUGGGUGCCCUGCAAUGGUGACACACAUGGCAAACAAUGGGACCGUUUCCAAAAGUAACUGAAAUAAUCUAGAACAGAGUUACAGCUAGGGAAACAAAAAAGCUUAAAACAUUUUGUGGGCUGUGUAUUUGUGGUGAGUUUAGGUGUUCCCCUUAUCAGAUUCCCCCAGAGCUACCCUGAUUCCCUCUCAUUCUCAAACACAAAAUAUAUGACUAUGCAGAGCUCAUAGGACCAGAUUCUGUUAUCAAAAUGGCAUAAAUCGAGAGUAAUUCCAUUUAAAUUAGUGACUUUACUUCUUAGUUACACAGAUAUAAUUGCAUUCAGAAUCUGGUCUGUGGGAGAUUUCCUUUUUGUUUGUUUAAAAAUGGGGUUUAAUGUUCAUACAAUGUUGCAGAGGCAGUGAGUAUCACAUAUUAAAGUAACAGGACUCUGGGAGUAAUUGUAGAUUAUUUAUCAGUUGCAUCUGAGUGUAUUUUUGCACCCAUAGUUACUGUGUGAGGUAUGUUUAAAUGUUAGGGUAAACAAUUUGCUUGCAGUUUCUUGGGCCCAGAUGGAGUUGGUAUUUUAUUUAUGGUGAUUGUAUGAACAUUGAUAUAAUAUAGCUUACUCUGGUGAAUUGUUUUAUUACAGAACUCAAAAGAAAUUCAUAUAGAUAUACACACAUAUAUUAUAACCCAAAUAUAUUAACAGCGUUAUAUGCAACAGACUGGAAAUUGAAACAGGCUGAGGGACAAAUCCACCAUGGUUGUAGGAUGAAGCCACUGAGGCACUAGUGUCUAAAACACAGAAAACAAGUUACCACGAGAAGCAGUGUGAUAUCAUUAAGAUGUAACUCACUGUCAUUACAUCCUAUGCGACAUCAUAAAAGCUAUGAUAUUGGAGAGCUGUCCCUGAUCCUGGCGCUGUUGUCAGUAUGUGCAACAACCAUCCCCCUAUCCUGCUUUCCUAGCAGGGAAUUGUUACAGCUUGUACCAAUGACAGAUCCUGGUGCAUUUCUGUGAUCGUUUAACACCUGCUCUGAAUGGCCCCACAGGAGCCAGGUCAACAGUUUAAGAAGAUUAAAGGAGUCUUUGCAGAGUUUGAUGUGUCGGAUACUAUUAAUAGGGAGAUGAAGCACAACAGGAAGACUAUUGGAUGUACAGUAAACCCGAGCAGAGCCUGAGCAGCAGCAGGACUGGUGCAUUUUCUGACAGCAUUGGGAAGGGAACAGUAUGUAGAAGGAAUGAUCUUACUGACAAACUCCUGGAGGCAAACAAACUUCAUGAGGAGACACAAGAGGGUGGCGGUUCCCUGAAGAGGCUGUGCAAUCUUUCCUCACACUGAACUUCCAGACACAGGGAUGGAAUCCUGCCUUCAUUGCAAAAGAGCCUCAAAUUGAUCAGUUGUAAUUACUUAUUAACUAACCUUUUAUCAGCCUGAUCUCCUAGGCUUAGCUAGCCAUGGUUUCCCUUUUUACUGGGAAGACCUUGAUUACAAACAACAAGGACUGUGAUGAAGUGGACACUGAGCGUGAACUUAGCCAGAGACUGGAUAACAAAGUGAUGCUGCUGUAUUUUGGAUCUGGUGAAUGCACUCGAUGCCAGCAGUUUUCACCUGUCCUCAAAGAUUUCUUUGUGAGACUCACUGAUGAAUUUUAUGUGGAAAGGGCUUCCCAGCUGGUCCUAGUGUACGUGUCUCAGGAUGAGACAGAGGAGAGGCAAGAAAAGUUCCUGAAGACCAUGCCAGAAAGGUGGCUGUUCUUACCCUUCCAGGAUGAGUUCAAAAGGGAGCUGGAGUUGAGGUUUGCUGUGUCCGACACACCUGUAGUGGUGGUGCUGAAGCCAAGCGGGGAGGUGAUUGCUGGGAACGCUGUGGAGGAGAUCAGGUGCUUGGGCACUGCUUGUUUCAGGAACUGGCAAGAGGCCGCUGAGCUGGUUGACAGGAGCUUUCUCUUGGCAGAGUACUUUGAUGACUUGGCCAAGAGGAGCAUCACCGACCCAAUCCGCCGCCUCAAGUACAAGCUGGAGAAGAAGACAAGGAAGAAGGAGAGAAAGGAAGUGCUCUGUCCUGAUAUGGAAUUGGGAAGUUCCAGCGGUACAUACAUUUGGUAGGCUUGUGGUUGUCCUGAAACAGGACUCAACUGUUUCCAGACACAAGAGGGUAGCUUUACUGCAGCACAAGUUAGAACAGACAUUUGUAUCUUCACACAGUCUCAGGAUCUCAGUGGCAACUGGAGGAUUCUAAACAGGGAACAACAUGUGGCUGGGGAGAUGAGACAGCCAUGCCACGAUUAAAGAUGCAGCCUGAGGAGAGGCAUUUCCUUUUCCUCACUGACAUCUAUUCAUAUAAUAGGUCUGUUUAUAUUAUAAUGGGGACAUUAUUGGACAGAAAUGUCCCAGAGAACAUUUCUUCCUGUUCUCACACUGUCUUUUACCCCUUUAUUGCCUAGAGAGUUUCUGUUAACACAGGGGUGGGCAAACUACCUGCCUCUCAGGGUUUUGUAUCCGGCCGCGAGAUUGCCCACUGUGGUGCCACAGGCCCACGCCACUCUGCAGAAGUGGCUGGCACCACUUCCCUGUGGUCCCCGGGGGGGGGGGGGCAGAGGACUCCGUGCGUUGCCCUUGCCUCCAGGCAUUGCUCCCCACAGUUCCCAUUGGCUGGGAACGGGAAACCGCAGCCAGUGGGAGUUUCGGGAGAGUUACCUGCAGGCGUGGCAAGGGCAGCGCAUGCGGAAUCCUCCACCCUCCUCUCCUCCAGGGGCCGCAGCACUUUCUGGAUCAACAUGGGGCUGGGAACAGGGCAGACAGACAGGGAGCCUGCCCUCGCCCCAGUGCGCGCUGCUGCCCACCCACCCUGGAGCUGCUUUAGGUAAGUGGCACUGGGCCAGAGCCCAAACUCCUCCUGCACUCUGCCCCC